AUGGAAAGCAGAAAUAUGUGCAUGGAAGCGUGGAAAACACUUCGAAGCACUCCAAUGUUGGGUUGCAUAUGUCCAAAUAAUCCGAUGAAAAAAAGAUGCGAUAGAAUAUUUAACAUAAUACAUAACAAUCCGUGCAUCGGUAAGUGUCAUUAUUAUUAUUAUUAUUAUUAUUAUUACCAAUCUCAAUAA